AUGGACAUUGAUAUGGAUCUCGAUCUUGGACCCCUUCCAGAACCUGAGCCAAUUGAAGAUGAACCCGAGACGACAACAUCAUUCGGCCAUGACGGUGCCUUCGAUGCUCAGACGAUAGAAACACAAUACGAAAAAGUUCACAUCCGAGGCGUCGACGACCUAACGACGGGUGACAUUAGACAAUUCGCCAUUGACCACUUCACUACCGAACAGCCUACCCGCGUCGAAUGGAUCGAUGACACGUCCGCGAAUAUCGUCUACUCGUCGUCGGAGAUCGGUCUCCAGGCGCUGGCUGCCCUUACACAAGUUGGUGAGGAUGAGGAUACGUCUGCGGUACCUCUGCGUCUGCGCUCAGCUAAGCUUCUCUCAUCGCACCCCGACUCUGUCCUCCAGGUGAGAGCAGCGGUGAAAACGGAUCGGAAGAAGCCUCGUGCGCACGAAGCGAGUCGGUUCUAUCUUAUGCACCCCGAGCAUGACCCCCGCGAGAGGCUGCGAACGGAACUCUCAGAAAGGAGGCGUCAAGGCGGGGACUCCGGUGAUGGCGAUUAUAGGCGGAGACGGUUCGACGGUCGGGAGCUUCAACGACGGCGGGACCGUGAUAAUGACGAGCCUAUAAGUGCGGACAUGUAUGACGAUUCUGGUGCAGGUGCAGGUGAUACUGGGCGGAGGCGUGGAGGGCGCGAACUGUUCCCCGAUGAAGGGGGUUCCUCGGGCCGUCUUCGAAACCGCAGUGCAUCCCCCGGCCGAGACACCCUGGAGAGUGACCGACUGCUAUCGGGUCGGUCUGAACGGCGGUUCAGGGAGCGAUCUCCCCGUCGGAGCGGAGCGAAGGAACUUUUCCCAACCAAGUUAAAAUCGAACGAACGCGAGCUUUUCCCGAAUAAAACCACAGACAGUUAUAUUAAGAAAGAAUUAUUCCCAAGCAAAGUCAGCAACCAUCGCCGGAAGGACGCUAUCGAUGCCGCGGACGAGACGCUGUCGAGCAGAAUCUCAGCUCCGGUUGGUGAUUCACGGAACAGGGGUGUUGAGCUCUUCCCUGGGUCUUCCAACAACGGUGGUGUCAACAUUCGUGGGACAGCUCAAGACGAAGGCUUCUCAAUUCGUGGAUCCUCUAAUGGUCUGUCGAUAAAGGGUAAAGGAGCAUCGGUCAAGGAGUUAUUCCCGUCUACGUACAGCUCGAACUCCGGGAAGGAGCUAUUUUCGAACAGAAUCGAAGGGCGAGGAGGUCCAAGACGGAGGGCAGAGGACAUGUUUGGUUGA